GCCACGAGUCUUACAGAGUUUAGUUCAAAAGACGCGACCGAUCUGUGAACCUGUGUCUAAUCUCUCGUUGAGAGCUGAACAACAAUGGCAUAUAGCUGGGAUAACAGAGUUGCUUUUGUCGUAAGAUACCUUUACGAUAUCGACAACAAUGGUUACCUAGACUCACACGACUUCCAAUGUCUCGCUUUGCGGACGUGUGUGCUCGAAGGCAAAGGGGACUGCAGUGCGGCCCGGCUUCAAAAAUACCAGAACAUCAUGAUCAACCUCUGGGAGGAGAUCUCUAGGCUCGCUGACUUCGAUAAGGUGCCAGACUAUGACGGCACUGUUUCGGUAGAAGAAUUUAAGCAAGCAGUCAAAAACACCUGCGUCGGAAAGAAAUACGAAGAUUUUCCCCAAGCAAUGAAGGCGUUCAUCGAAAGUAACUUUAGGAUGAUAGACAUCAAUGCUGAUGGUCUGAUGGGAGUUGAGGAGUUCCGUUAUGACUGCAUUCAACGUAUGGUAGUGGAAGACAUUAAAGUCAUUGAUGACGCCUACAACUCGUUGUUAAACGAUGACGAUAGAAGAAAAGGUGGCAUUUCCUUAUCGAGAUAUCAAGAACUAUUCGCUCAAUUCUUGGCUGACCAGACCGAGCACUGCCCAGCCAGCCUACUUUUCGGCCCAUUAGAACUUUAAUAAUCUUUAAGAUAUAUUUCAGUGACUGAUUUUUUAUUUUUAAUAUUUUCGUUGGGUAAUGAUUAUUUGAUAUUUUUUUAAAUCUAUGAAAUAAUUAUCGUGUGAGAUAAAUAAAGGAUCGAUUAUCUAAUUAAAGAGUACACAUAUAUAUUAAUGCCGAAUUGAAUCCGCGGAAUCAAACUCUUAUUGUGUGCGCGUGAACUUCUUUCAUUAAUAAACAAAAAAGCAGUUUUAGGAGAUUUUUCAUAAUGGUUUUUUUAAAGCGAGGCAGAAAGAUAAAUCUGACUUCCGUAUGUCAAAAUUGUAUUAGAUUUCGAUAUACGGUGGUCACCAUGUAUGUGGCUGUCUGAGCUCUCGAUGCAUUCUAAGACUCAAGACCCAACGAAAAUAAACGAAACCAUAAAUAAAAUUACAUCGUUAAUACUUAAAAAUAUCACAGAUAUGCGGGGCUUAAAAUAGAUGCGUUCCGAAUUUCUGAUCUAUUGCAAUUUCUAUUAUUGCAUUGUUCAUGUUUGAAAUAAAUUUGUGUGAAAUAUGUUUGAACAUACAUCUUAGAUAUAUUACGCUAGUUUUAGUUUUGUUUGUUUUCUUGAAUUUUCCGUCCUUAAUGUUUUUUUAUGGAAUGUUACUGUUUGAAUGAAAAAUGUACAAAUACAGCAAUCAUAUGUUUAAUCAUGAUAAUAAAAGUGUGGCGUAUAUGGCAAGACAAUUUGAUUCCUGGCACGGCCAUUAUUGGAACAUGUUCCAAUACUUUGAGAAAUAUCAGGAUUAUUUUUUUAUAUAAAACACUAAUAUUACAAGUUAAUUUAUAAGCAUUCUAGCGCUAAAGUAACUUGUAAUAUUAGUGUUACGUGUUAUCGCUAGUCUACGACAUCCGAACAGAUAAAAGGUUAACGGUUGGCGGACUCAGUCUCCGAGAGACUUACGAUUCUAACUAGGUCCAUUGUGCGUAAAGUCCUGGCUAAGUCCAGAAGCACAGAAGUCUGGGCACUGCGCAGGUUUCACGGAGCGGCUUCACAGCUCCGAGGAUUUCUGUAUGUUGGUUUGCCACAGUCACGCAUUCCAGGACUAUGGCUACUGAUUCCUCUGCGCUGCAAACAGCCGAACUAUUCAGACAUAUACAGUUCAUCUAUCUAUAGUUAAUUCGGAGUGUGUCAUUAUUGUCUACGUAAAAAUAAUCGGAUAAUUUUGUGCUAAAGGCUGCCAUUCUAGUCAUGAAUGUUAAUGUAAAUAUUUGUUUUGAAAUAAAUUUUUAAGUUUU